AUGGCCGAGGCUGCGGAGGAGGCGCUCAGUGACGGGGACACCGAUGGCAGCCUGGCGACGAGCCCGCGCAGUGGCCGCGCUGGACCGGCACAAUCCUCUUUUGAGGACAGGACCUUCAGUCAAGUGAACAUUAUCCUUAAGAAAACCCUUAUAAGAGAGGGAAAACUUAAAUAUGAUAAGCAGGUGAGAAUUUGUGAUCUGAGCCCAUUUGUUACACAUCAGAGAGUUUCUGCAGAGGAAAGAACCUAUAGGGGCAAGGCAAGUGGCCAGAGCUUCAAACAGAAGUCAGGACUUACUCAGCAUCAAAAAAUCCAUACCAUAAAGAGAACCUGUAAGUGCAAUGAAUGCGGAAAGGUUUUCACUAGGAGUUCAAACCUGGUUACACAUCAAAGAAUUCACACAGGAAGGAAACCUUAUGUUUGUGGUGACUGCUCCAAUCUCAUUCGACAUCAGCGGAUUCAUAGUGAGGAGAAUCCCUGUGAAUGUAAUCAGUGUGGAAAAGCUUUCAGGGGAAGCUCAAACCGUGUCCUGCACCGGAGAAUUCAUAGUGGAGGGAAGCCGUAUAUAUGUAAUGAAUGUGGAAAGGCCUUCGAUCAAAGCUCAGAUCUUACUAUACAUCACAGAAUUCACACUGGAGAGAAACCCUAUGAAAGUAGUGACUGUGGGAAAGCUUUCAGUCAGAGCUCACAUCUCGUUACCCACCAGAGAAUUCAUACUGGGGAGAAACCCUAUGAAUGCAGCAAAUGUGGAAAAGCCUUCAGGCAGACUUCCCUUUUUAUUCAGCAUCAAAGAACCCAUGGUGGAGAAAAACCCUAUGAAUGCCCUGAAUGUGGGAAAGCCUUCAGUGGGCACACAGUUUUUCUUAAACAUCAAAGACUUCAUAUUGGAGAAAAACUUAAAUAUGAGAAAGCGUUUAGUUCAGAUCCAGAACUUAGUGGACAGGAGAAAAUUCACAAGGAAAAGAAACCUUAUGAAUGUAAUAAAUGUGGAAAAACCUUCCAGGGCAGCUCAGAUCUUAUUAGACAUCAAACAGUUCACACUGGAGAAAAACCUUAUGAAUGCAGUGAAUGUGGAAAGGCCUUCAGUAGGAACUCAGUCCUUAUAGAACAUCAGAGAAUCCAUUCAGGUGAGAGGCCUUAUAAAUGCAGCGAAUGUGGGAAAGGCUUUCGGGGGAGCUCACAGCUUACUCAGCAUCAAAGAAUUCACAGUGGAAAGAAACCCUAUGAAUGCAGUCAGUGUCCAAGACUUUUAACCAGAGCUCAACAUCACAGUGUUCAUAGUGGAGAGAAGCCCUAUGAAUGUAAAGAAUGUGGAAAAGCCUUCAGAUGGAGCUCAGACCUUAUUAGGUGUCAGAAAAUUAACACUGGAGAGAAAGUUCAUGAACAUAACGAGUGCAGAAAUCCUUUCAGUCAGAGCUCAGGUCUUAGCCUCAGAGAAACCACACAGGAUCAUAACCCUAGGAAGACAGUAAUGAUAAAGACAGACAGACAGAUGGACAGAUAGACACAUACAUACAUACGUACACGGAUACAUAGAUAGACAGAUAGAUAGAUGGGUGGAUGGAGAUAUAUAGAUAUUUGUUUUUAAUUACUGUUGUGUCUACCUAGGCAUCAUAACUACUUGGAAAAUUCUAAGCUUCCUAAGAGUGAUUUCUGUCUGAUUCGGUUUAGAGUACUUAGCCUCAGGCCAUGUGCAGGUAUGUCCUUCUUAAAUGCAUCCCACAGAAACCUUGAUGGGGUAAGCCUUUAAUUACAUUUUUACCCCUUUAUCAUCAGAGAUUCCACACCACAGAGAAAUCCUGCAAAUGGAGGAACUUGGUAUAAAACACCUGUAUCGUCACGGAAUGGUGCCCUUGUACGUCCUAUCCAGCAGCACCAGGAAUCUAAUAGCUUUUCCCCUGUCUUUUUAUCUGUAAUAUGAACUGUCCCAGGGGAACAUACAGGAUGCCAUCCUGAACUCCAGGGUGGGGGGUCCUUCCUGGGACGCAGUCUAAUCCCAAAGUCUGCAAAUGGUCCUGAGGUUUUCUCGUUAGAAUAAAUAAAUGUCAAUAUAUAGAUUAGGGAGUUUGAGCUUGUUUCUCUAUUCCUAGUAAAAUUAUAUAUAGAAGCAGCUAACCUAGGAAAAGGAAGUGGAUAGUGAGUCAUAGGACAGCUGUCUUCUUUCACGUGAGUGUGGAAGUUGUAACUGAAUCUCUUCUGCAGGAUUUAAAAGUUUAAUGGCACUUUGGAGUCUGACGUACUGACAUUCCAGGCUCUGUCACUUUUAUCUGUGUGACCUUAGGCAAGUUUUUAUCACAUUUCUGAGCCUUGGUUUUCUUAUCUGUAACAUCACAAUAAUGAUCCCUCCUCGUGGGGCUGUUGUGAAGAGGAAAUGAGACAGUUUCGUUCAGCACUAGCGUAGUUCUAGACACACAGUAGACGACAAACGGCAGCCGCUGCUCUCAGCAGCUCCCCUGGGCAGUGCUUACCUUAGGCACUUUGAAGGAAAGGAGACGACGCGUUCUCCCUGCUCAAGCCUUCUGGAAGAUCACAGCAUCCUGCAUUUCCCGAUCCUGCCUGAAGUUAGAAGGGGCUUGGCCUAGUGGAAAUCUAAGUAAAUGGCAAGGAGUGGGGCAGGAAUUUUUACAAAUUUUCAAGGAUGCUAUAUCUUUUUUCUUUUUUGUUGUUAAGAACAUUCAACAUGAGAUUUACCCUCUUAGCAAACGUUUAAGUGUACACUAUAGUAUUGAUAACUGUAGGCACAACAUGCAGCAGAUCUCUAGAACCUACUCAGCUUCCAUAACUGAAACUGCACCCGUUGAACAGCCGCUCCCUUCUUCCCCCUCCCCCAGGCAACCGCCAUUCUACUCUCUGCUUCUAUGACUUUGACCAUUUUAGAUACUUCGUAUAAGUGGAACCGUGCAGUGUUUGUCCUUCUGUAGGCUGCUAUGUCUCGGAGACACAAAUUUAGCAGUUAAAUUGAGAAACGUUUCUAUAGUCCUACAGAGUGGAAUCAGGAUUUUUCUUGGAGAGGCUAAGAUUAAGCUGUCUUAUGAAAGUAUUGAGAGAUCAGAUCGAUAAAUACCCUGUGAAUAUGACAGUGCGAGAAGUUUAAUUCCACUAGGUGCCUUAACUGGUUUUGAGAAGGUAAUAAUCAGAGAGAAUGAGGAAGUCUUAACUUUUUCAUAUCUGAAGGCAAAUUUUAGUGAGUUGGGAAAGGUUCUUUGGACCAUCUGAAUUAUUUCAGAGGAGCCAAGGCCCUGUGGUGUGCUUUAAUCUUUGCAUUCUUAUACCUCCCCAGGCUCUCCAGUCCGGUGACCUUUCUCCUAUGUUCCAUCCAUCGUCCUUCCUGGUUUAACUCGUUCCCUGCUAGACCAUUGCCCGAUGCUUCCGCAACUUUCACCAAUAUCUUUGCCUCAUUUACCUUUUUGCCUCAGUGUCCUUCAGUCGCGUGUACCUAGCCAAAAUAAAAACCUGCUGUGGACACCCCCAACUGUGCCCUUUUCUGAGCCUGCACCUGGCUUGAGGAAGAAAAUCACACACCUAGGGAGACUUAUGCCCUUGGGCACUCAACACGAAUGCAGUCUCCGGUCAGCAUUCUCUCCCACUGUCUCUAAUAACCACUUCAUACCUGCCCUGCCUCUUUACACAGCUAACUACCCACCCACCACCCCUUCUUAUCAUCUUAUCUGUUACUUCACAGAGAAAUUAGAGACCUUCACAGAAACGUUUUCAACUUUCUGCUCCCAUCCUCAUCCCUCAACCGUCUCUCAUACAUGUAUCCACCUGCAUCUUUGCUCCCUUUUCAAUAGAAGAACUCCUUUCUAUCUCUGCUUCCUAUCCCACUCCCUCUGGGACCUCGCUCCAUCCAAUUAUCCCAUCUCUUUCCUGUAUCUUCAACGUUCUUCUCCACUGCCCCUUCCCAAAUGUGAAAAAGUAUGUUCCGGUGUCUUCCAUCCUAAAAAACAAAGCAAGCAAAACUGAACCCUCCCUCUCCUGAUCCCAUUUUUAGCUUAUAUCAUCUCUCUUCAUAGCCAAUUUUUAUCUAAAGACUUGUCUGCAUUCAUUGUCUCCAAUUCUUUAUGCCUCUUCCUCAACCCAUUGAGGUUCCUCUCCCAACCCUCUUAUCAAAUCUGCUUUUACCAAGCACUCCAAUGACAUUGGUCACUAAAUCUACUCCUUAUCUAGCUGCCUUCUUCUAAACCAUUUCUUCCCUGAAGCAGGAUGGGUUUGAAUGUAGCAGCUGAGGAUGUUGAAAACAUAGCGGGUAAAUAUGUUGAUGUCCCUUGACUGGAGUGAGAGUGCACAUCAUUUCUCCUUCCAGCUUCUGAAUCUCUGAAGAAAUGAAGAUUUGGAGGAACUUUGCCUCUGCCUUUGAAGUUGAUGAGCUUAGAAGACCUAAACUUCUGGUAAAGGAGGUGACACUAUGACCGUGUCUUGUCUGGGGAGCCUGAGUUAAGCCUGUGGUGAAGAGGGCCUUGAACGGCACGGGGCAAGUUUGAAGGAGCUUGAUGAGUAUCUUGGGUAAAAUGGUUUCUCCCGGUUACCUCUGAAAGGCACCCAAGACCAUGUUUGUGCAUGUGUGAUCACGGAGACCGCCCCCUGUGCUUUCUUUCCUGUGCGCAUAAAGAAUCGCUGGGUCAGCUCUGGCAGCACCUUUAGGUCCUGAGGGUGACAGCGCAGCAACGCUUCUUCUCCGAGCCUCGGUCCUCCGUUGUUCUUACAGUAGCCUCGAAACUGUUGACCUUUCUAAGCCGUCACAUACACCUCUAUUUGAUUUUCUCAAAACACUGCUCUCAUGCUCUCACACACAAACAUGGAAACUCACACUCAAAAACAAAGCCGGUGGCUGCCUGAAGUAAAGGUAAAGUAAAAGGUCUUAGCGUGGCAUUUAAUACGCUCUCUCGUCAGAUCCCAUACAGACUGGUCUCUCACUUCAUGAGACCCUCCAGUGGUCUGGUCUAAUUACUCUCCCUAAACAGCCACCGCCUCGUGCUAACUCCUUUAAGGUCCAGUUCUCUAUCUCAGGCCCUCUGAUCCCCUGUAGCUUUUAGAGUCCCUACCACUUUAACUUUUUCUUUAAAUGCAGGUAACACGUUACAAGUUCUGUCAGGCAUACAACUCAAUUCUUUGUUUUUUUUGUUUUGGUUUGGUUUUUUGAGGAAGAUUAGCCCUGAGCUAACAUCUGCUGCCAAUCCUCUUUUUGCUAAGGAAGCCUGGCCCUGAGCUAACAUCCGUGCCCA